AUGGUUGUUGAAGACAAUCCUAGAACUUGGCAUAACUUACUAUUAGAUGUGUUAUGGGCUUAUAGGACUUCCCAAAUAUCAAGCAUAGGAAUUACCCUUUAUGCCUUGGUGUAUGGGCAUGAUGCAGUAUUACCUGUUGAGAUCAAUAUAAAGUCCUUAAGGGUCAAAUGUCAAGAUCACCUAAGUACUGAUCAGUAUUAUCAAAGCAUGCAUUUGGAAUUAGAAAAUAUGGAUAAGUUGAUGAAGAUUGACAUAAAAUUCGAUGGUUGCUGUUGCCUGAGACAAAUGACCUCUAAAGGCAGCAUUGGUUUGCUCAAAGAAUUGGCAGCAUUUGAGAAACCCAUUCUUGAUUGUUGGCUUUUGUAA